AACAAACCAGAAUUCUACCGUCUGAAACUGGAAUGGAGUUUGAUUGUCAGCAAUCAUAAAUUUAUCGUCUCGAUAUAAUAUGGUCAUUGCUUUUAAUAUUUCGUAAUUAUAAUUACUAUCGAUUAUUUCUUUGGUGUUGCGAUAUUUUUGGUUAAUGGCAGGUUUCAUGCUCUACUGUUGCGUGCACAUAUAUAAUCGCUAUAUAUGCCGUUAUGGUGAACUUACGUACAUUUAGACCACAAUAUAAACUAUAUAAUUCAUGUGUGCGACGAUAAUGAUGAUGAUGAUGAUGAGAAAACUUUCAACACAUUUUAAUUAACAUGAAUCUUGCAAAACGUUGCAAAUAAUUUAACGAGUUAUUUUCCUUGUGUCUCUGGGGAACACUAAUCACCAUUUUCAAGCCCAACAAGUGACCAUGAGUAGUGUGAAUGAAUGUUUGCAGCGGGACAAAAAGAAGUGGUAAAGCUAUUCACAGCCUGCGAGGCAUUUUGUACUGCCUCUUAAUUUUGUUGCAAACAAACAAGUAACUGUUUGUUGCGCCCGUUUUCUCGGUUCAUGUGUAGCACUUCUAACAAAACUCUUCACUGUGGAUUUCUAUAAUGCGAUGCUUCGAUAACAUUAUGAUCAUUAUCGAUUCAAUUUGUGUAAACAAGCAGAUAGGUAAAAUUGUAAUACAUGCUUAGGUUCAACUGAUAAAUAUAUGAAAAUCGUUUGAAAAUGCAUUUACACUGUGUUAUUAUUGCUUAUUGUGGAACUUAGCCAUGUGAUGUUCUUUCCAGAUGGAGUCAAAUUAUCUCGCACGUAAUUUUUACAUAACAGAUUAUUUCCCUUUGUUUAAAAUUUACCGUGUGCAAAUUGAACUCCAAAAACACAUAACAAAUCAGUAUUUUAGUAAAUUCCAUUGCUUUUUAAAGGUGAAUGUCAGUUUGACUUUUUGAAAAAGGUAAGUCACCUUGGCCUCACUUUGAUCCUUUUGGAUUAACCUGAUUUUCCUGUGGACAUUUUACUUUAUAGAUCGUAAAACUUGUCUGGAGCAGCUUCUUAUGUUUAUUAUUUUUACGACUUUUCUUUGCAGCACUAAACGGUUGAAAGGCAUUUGUCGAAAUUAUUACAUGUUGCUUUACAAUUUUCAAUGGGCGACUUUUACUGUCAUGGAGUUGUUGAGUUCACUAUCACGUUCACCUGGUAUCGUUUUGAAUUACUUUGUUCUAGCUGCUUGCUUUCAAUCCCUUCCGCCUUAUGGUAUUUAGCAAAUCGAAAGACUCACAGUGCCGAUAAAUCUGCCUAUUAACAUAUUAGAAUAUUGGUCCAUGAUUUUUCCUUUCUCUCAUUCCGUCAAUCAUGCACCUUACUCAAAAGUAAAUGAAGGUGAAAACGUUUUUUUGAAAUAGAAAUGCAAUGAACAUAAAUUGUCAGCGAUUUUCAAAGCAGCAUCACAGGAAAUGCCUUGGGAGUCCAGCUCGUUUCCUCUCACUCAAGAUUUUGCCCCAACUGACGACAGAGUGGGACUGACUAUAGAAGCCAAUUUGGACAGCUGAGAUGAACGGCUCGCGCGAGAGGCCUCCUUUUUGUAUCGUGUGCAUUCACGCUGGACGUGUUCCUGCCUAGAAACCCUCGCUGAUAAGGUCAGUAGCCAGAUUAUCAAUUCAGACGAGGAGGAUGUGAGCCAGGAAGCAGACGAACCCCGAAUAUAUAAAAAUCCAAGGAACUCUCCGUCGUCAUUAUGUCCUCGGGAUGAAGAACAGGCUGAGCUUUAUAACCAAAAAUGCCUACGCAAAUGUUCAUCAGACGAGGAUUGCAAGAGCAAAAAGAAGAAAUGCCUGUGCGAUGGCGCUUGCGGCAUGUCUUGCAUCAAACCAGACAGGGAGUGUGACUUGGUAGGCCCACCUUCGAUGGGCUUUGUCCGCAUCACAGGCAGGCUCUUUGGCGAGAAGGCCAUCUACACUUGCCAGGAGGGCUGGAACUUGGUGGGCCUCCAAGAUCGAUCGUGCCAGGCUGAUGGACAGUGGUCUGGAGAUGCGCCAAUUUGUACAAAAGAGUCCGCAUUUUGUGGCGAGGCGCCUAAAAUCGAGUUUGCUCGACACACGGCCCCCAUCGACCAACUGUCCUUUGCUGUGGACACCACCCUGCAGUACCACUGUCAGCCAGGCUAUGCCACAACAGGUUUUCCGCACGCCAAGUGCCUUGCUUUAGACGCAAACACAAACUCUGCGACUUGGUACGGGCCUGACAUAACUUGUGAACCAAGAACGUGCGGCCCGCCACUAGGCACGGAGCAUGGCUGGAUCGAGGGCGACUGCUUCACAUAUGGGUGCCGAAUUUCGUACCAUUGUGCUGUUGGUUAUGAACUGCAAGGAGGACGCCCUGAGAGGGUUUGCCAGAAUGACGGAAGUUGGUACCCAAAAGAGGUGCCAAACUGCGUGCGUACCCCAUGUUUUUCUUGUUCACCAGCGGUGCAAUGUCCGACGCCUGAGAAUCCAAGCAACGGCAAAGCCAUUUACACAUCUUGCGCGUACAACUCGGUAGUCAGUUACGAGUGUAAGCAAGGAUUCCGACUGAUCGGAGACUCGUCGCGCCGCUGCGGCCCAGACAGGCAGUGGUCUGGAGAGGUGCCCUCCUGCAAACAGGUGCAGCUAUGCAAACCAGAAGAUAUCGAUAAGACCAAGUGCCUGCCUCCAACUAAAACUGUUAAAUGCACCUCAGGAAAUUGCUUGACAGAGGUGAAUUGCGGCCACCCUGGCCACUUAUACAACGGCUGGCUCGAAGGAAUCGAGGGUGGCACUAUGUUAGGCGCAUCAAUCAUCUUCCGAUGCAGAGAAGGCAUGGUCCUCGAGGGAAACUCCUCGACGGUCUGCCAAAUGGAUGGUACUUGGAGAUAUCCACUUCCAAAGUGUCUUGGCCCUUGCGUUAUUCCAAAUGUGCACAAAGGCCGAGUUCACCGCAACAUCACUCAGGGUCCGGUCGUGCCGCAUGGCUACCGCUUGGAGGUGGAAUGUGAACCCCAUCACGAGUUUGUGCCAUAUUCAUCAGCUGUAACUUGUAACAAUGGCACUUGGACUCACAUUCCAAGAUGUGAACCAGCCAGGUGCAAGCAGCUGCCUAAAGCUCCAAGAAACGGAAUGGUUAUCGCGCCAAAGACCGAUCAUAAUAUGAAGGCGCGCUACAAGUGCAAAGAUGGCUACUCCUUGAAGGGCAACAGUCUUUCAAUUUGCAACUAUGGAAACUGGACUGGAGAUGUGCCUAUCUGCACAGAGGUGUACUGUCCAUUCCCCGGAUAUAUCGAAAAUGGCAAGGUGAUGUUAGUUGGGAAUAUGGGAUUGUAUGACUACCGCCCGUACGUCAGGAAAGUGACCAACAACAAACAAAUCAUGUAUGACUGCGACCGAGGUUACGUGCUUUCGGAGGGACCACCAGGAGCCACUUGUGUUGGAGGCCAGUGGAGUCCAAAAGAACUGCCAAGGUGUGUCCCUGGCCAGCAUCCCCGCCUGAGGUGGAACAGAGAAGUGAAAAAGGAAAGUGUUGAGGAAGUUGAGAAGGAGUACAAGAAAAAUGAGACGUCCACAGAAGAUAAGAUCGUGGAAUUUUCUCACGAAUACAUGAGCGAUGACUACGAAGCUGCUGUUGCACUUCAAGGCAUCCCAGAGUUCACGGAUUAUGGGCCAAGUGACUGGAGAAAUUUGAUGCAAGGAGCCCAGGCACAUUCAAAGGCCGUUGCGACAAAAACCGUCACCUCUAUUGACAAACAGAGGAAGCGUAACAGGAACAAAAGUGGUGGGACUGGCAGACAGAACAAGAACAGAAAGAAUAUUGAAAAAGGGAAAAAGGCUACUUGCGAGGCGUUACCAGUUGAACCAUUCAUCGAACUUCAGUUGCUCAAGCCAGGCAGUGACGCUAAUGUCUCCAACAGUCUGGGGGCAGUGGUCCGACUUGAAUGCAACGGCGGCUAUAGCCCAACUCUAGGAAACCGGACUGCCAAGUGCAUCAGAGGCAACUGGAAACCUAUCAAACCUGACUGUGUCAUAAUGAACUGUCACGUACCUGCGAUAACUUCUGGCAGAUACACGUUGAACGGCAAUAUUGUGACUGAAAACUCUGAAAUAAAAACCAACCACACGAUUUUACUGGGUUGCAACCGCGGCUACAACAUACAAGGACCGGCUGAGCUUUACUGCCUUCAUGGCAACUGGACUGACAACAACUUCCCCAGCUGCCACCCUUCGCCUUGUCGCCUUCCGCAUUUCAAGAAUGGCCAAUAUUUGUCCGGCUACAGAGGAGGAUUAACCAUAGCCCAUGGCGCCAAAAUUCACUACCAAUGUGAACCUGAAUACACGCGCAGUCCUCAGUCAUCUAUCGAGUGUUCUAAUGGAGAACUCUUGCCAGCGCCUCCAUCGUGUCGAAUAAAAGGGUCUGUAGGUAAUUUUGCCUCUUCAGGAACGGGAAUAACUAGAACCUCGGGUGACUUAGCAGUGCUUGGAGUGGCAGGCGCGAUAGGAGCUGUUGUGCCCGGCAUCUCUCGAUCAAAAGGCCAGCCUUGUGGCCCUCCAGCCAGGGUUCAGGGCUCCUUGUUGUACAAAGAUGGUUCACCAAUUGCUGAUGGAGACAAGAGCUUCCCUGACGGCACAGAAGUCACGUUCGAUUGCAUCGCAUCAAUCAUGGGCGAAAAGACAACUUGGAAGAUAAGUUGCGAGGAUGGUGGCUGGAUUGGCAGAUCGCUCAGUUGUGCUUCACUGGAGGAACUGGUUGAAGAAGUAAACAUGCAGAACCAUUCAUGCGUUUUCAGAAACACUGAGCCAAACUUGAUUUACUUCUUCAACGAUCAAAUAAUUUCUGACGAGGUUGUGGAGUUUCCUCCUGGUUCGGAGCUGGUGGCAAGAUGCUCUGACAUAGGGAAGUACUCUAUGGUUGGCUCCAAGCAUCGAAAGUGUGAAAAUGGAGAGUGGGAUGGCCAAAAGCCUGUUUGCUUUGGGUUAAACCAAGAAAAUGAAUAUGCUUUGGAGAAACCACCUACGAUUUUAUUCAGACACCAGCUUGGACCAAUUGCUCAAAGCAACGAUGGUCGGCUCAUCGUGUACCCAGGCACAAUUUUGCACAUGGAAUGUCUCUGGAUCAGGAGAUUUGGAACGCCCAAAUGGACUGUUAGCCACAACUAUCGAAAAUAUCCAGAGGGCUGGACUGAAGACACUGGCCGAGAUUCUCAACUUGAGUACAGACUCAGUAUUUUGCACGCGACGAAGGAUGACUCUGGCUCGUUCACUUGUGUAACUCCAACUCGACACACUCACUCAGUGGAAAUUGUCGUUAAUCGUGUGCAUUGUCCAAUGCUGGCUCCCCGCCAAGGAAUGACCAUUUCGUCUCAAAACACAAGAAUGAACUCAAGAGUCCUCUUCACAUGCUUGAAUGGCAGUGUUCUAAUUGGACACGAAGAAAUUACUUGUCUGCCAUCUGGAAACUGGAGUGCCCCUGUGCCCGUGUGCGAAAGUAUUGAAUGCGGAGACAUUUCCAUUGGACACGACCCAAACCUGAGGGUAACGAUCCUCAGCAGAGAGGUUGGUGGGAAGGCAGUGUUCAGCUGCGCUCAGGGCUUCGGCAUCAUGGGCAACCACGAAUCAAAAUGCCUUUCCUCUGGAGAGUGGUCGGGCCCAUUCCCAGAAUGCAGUGAGGUGCAAUGCGAACCUCCUGAAACUCCGGAGAACGGCUAUAUUCAGGGUCAUGGUGUUUACAAAGCUGGUGAUUUAGUCCAGUUUAAUUGUAACCCAGAAUUUAUGAUGGAGGGCCAACCCAUAAUUGCGUGCCAAGAAACCGGCAGGUGGUCAGGCACUGUCCCAAAAUGCGUGCAAGCGUGUUCAUACCCAGGGACUGCCAUUAACGGGAGAAUGUCUUCCGUCAAGUUCUACUACAAGAUAGGUGAAACCAUUACUUUCACUUGCGAAGACAACAUGGAGCUGAAGGGUGCCCCUAUGCUGAGGUGUCUGCGGAAUGGCAAGUGGUCAUCGUCAAUACCAACUUGUUCCUCAAGAUCUGGUUAGCUAUCAAUUUAUCAAUAUUUCAUUUAGUAGCCUUAAGAGUGCACCAACCAUUAUGUAACAACUAAAUAAAUAUCUACUCGACAUGUAUUCUAUUUUGAGCUGUAUAAUGCUUGUAUUCUAUAAUUUAACAGCUCAAGAUUUUGUACAAUAUUUGAAAUAUAAAAAUAUAUAAUAUUUGCAACAAAA